GGGGACUCGCUGCCUCCGCCCGCCGGCCCGGGGCAGGCCCAUGUCCGAGCGCGGCUGCCGAGGAGACGCUACGCGGCCAUGGCUGCUGGGGCGGAACUCGGCGGCGACCGUCCCUCCCUCCUUCCCUCCCUGCCUCCGUCCCUCCCCGCCGGGCCCCCGCUCCCCGCGGGGGCGGGACUCUCACGGCCCUAUCCGUGCCACGGGGCUGGGCUCGGGCCGCGGCGGGGGCCUGGCUGCUGUCCUGAGGGAGCUGCGGGGCGCGGCCGCGCUGGGUCGGGCGGGGACACGGACCCACAGCCGCUGUGGAGCUGCGGGGGUGGCGGUGGAGCGAGGAGGGGAGGGACAGGCGGAUCACCUCGGCCCGGCGCCAACCGCCUGCCCCGGAGAGCGCGGGGCUCCCUGCCGUGCCCCGCCUGACCUCGGGAGAUUUGUUACCGAGGCCAAGCCACUAGGAGGGGGCUCUGGGUCUGUCCCAUUCUGUGAGGCGUCCAGUCUUUAGAAAACUGGAUUGACAGGGGACAUCGUGAGUUUAGAUCUCGGCUUUUGCUGUGACUGUUUUCUGUGCACCUUGUGAUGUUAUUACAAGCGUCAUACCUCAGGGAUGGCAGGUACGUGCUGACACACUGGUGUAACCAUGCUGGGAGAGAGGAGGUGAGAGGCAGGUUGUGCCAUCGAGAUCUUACACAAACAGAAAGAUGCUCUGUACUGCCACAGUCCUGGCCUGCCCCCGAACUGUGUCGGCGGGAGGAGGAGGUUCAGUUGCUCCAACCUACUGCUCCAUUUUGCCAAUGGAAAUGUCUUGUGAACUGAAGCAGUCUCCUUCAGCCACUUUACAAAACAGGGAGGUCAUGAAGCCAAAUGAGAAAGCUGCCUGUCUCCAUGUAGCCUUCCAAAAUACUACCAAUUAAUUGCCCAGAAGGCUGAAUUGUAUCACAGCACUUAGUGGUACAGUAACCUUGGUUGGUAUGGAGCACAGGAAAGGCUUGAGCAUGUCCUAGUUAGAACAGCUGGGACCAGUUCAUCACUGGAUGGGUGUAACCCAAAACUGUGUAUUCUAUAGCCUUCCAUGCCAUUUCCCAGAAAAUGUUGUCAAUAGACUAUUUACACCCUCUGCCCAGAGCAGCCUGACUCCUCAGGCUAUAAACUAGGUGCUAAGAGGCCUGCGAGAUAGGAGGGUGCUUCUGUCCUCACACCCUCUGUGAAACUCCCAGCCCUGAGGGAAGUACUGAGCAUUCCUGCCUGAACUGGAGAAUAUAUAAACUUGGAGUCUUGGAACUUUUUUAACCACUCGUGAGAUC